UUCUAUUUCCCUUUUCCGGCCCAUUAAAGGAGCCGAAACUUUUCAGGUCUAGAUAGUAUCGGAGUUUCUCUUAUCGGGCGGUUAUUGAAGUUUAUUACCGUCACGCUCGAGAGAGAGAAGGAAAGAGAAAAAUUGCCAUCAAAGAUCGGCGACGAGAAGGUUAGGGAUAAAGAAUGGAUUUGCAAGAACAAUUGAAUAAAUUCAAGAGGCAGCAAGAGAAGUGCCAAACAACCCUAACGAGUAUUGCAGCAAAAGCAGGUUCUCAUAAACCGAGUAUAACUCCAAAAAUAGUUGCUCCAUCGCCAAUAAUACCAAGAACCCCUGGUCCUGCUGUUAAAUUUUCAAAUGAUACAGAGAGACUUCAACACAUUCAUAGUAUCCGAAAAGCCCCUGUCGGUGCUCAGAUCAAGCGUGUUAUUGACCUGCUUUUUGAGACAAGGCAAGCUUUUACACCAGAGCAAAUAAAUGAAGCCUGCUAUGUUGAUGUCAACUCCAACAAAGCUGUCUUUGAUAGUUUGAGGAAUAAUCCGAAAGUGCACUAUGAUGGGAGGCACUUUUCUUACAAGUCCAAGCAUGAUUUGAAGGACAAAAAGCAACUACUUUACUUGAUAAGAGAAUUUAAAGAAGGCAUUGCUGUUAUUGAUCUCAAGGAUGCAUACCCAACUGUGAUGGAGGAUUUACAGGCUUUGAAAGCUGCUGGUGAUAUUUGGUUGCUGUCAAAUUUUGAUUCGCAAGAGGAUAUUGCCUAUCCAAAUGACCCCAAGGCUGUUAUUAAGGUGGAUGAUGAACUUAAGGUGAAGUUUCGGGAGAUUGAAUUGCCACGCGAUAUGCUUGACAUUGAGAAGGAUCUACAGAAGAAUGGCAUGAAGCCUGCUACAAACACGGCAAAGAGAAGGGCUGCAGCCCAAGUGCAGGGCAUUUCCACCAAGCCAAAGACCAAGAAGAAGACGAAAGAAAUCAGCAAGAAGACUAAGCUGACAAAUGCACAUCUUCCAGAGCUUUUUCAAAAUCUUAAAUCCUAGAAUUUUUUGAGCUAAAUUGAGUUGUUAUGCUGACAGUAUGCAGAUGGUUAUGUAUGGGCUGAGACGUGCUAAAUUAUUUACAGAUAAGCUUUGGGAAUUGCAGAGAGGGAUUAUGUUAAGUGCAUUGUAAUGUGUUGGCGUUCAUGAUAUAUUCUUAUACCAGUGGUUUUGGCCCAACCAUGUAAUUUAGAUGUCGAAUGGUGUUGCUAAAUUCGUUGGAUGUACGCCACUCUCUUUAUAAUGAAGGCGAAUUUGCCAAGUUCCUUA